AUGGUGAAGGAGGAGGAUGAAGUGUGUGAAUUUGAUAGUGUUGACUGGGAAUCAGGAAACCAAACAGAUGUUUCAGAUUUCCUUCUCCUGGGACUGUCAGAAGAUCCAGAACUCCAGCUUCUCCUCUUCAUCCUGUUCCUGUCCGUAUACAUCAUCACUGUUCUUGGAAACCUGCUUGUCAUCCUGGCUGUCAGCUCCAACUCCCACCUCUACACUCCCAUGUAUUACUUUCUCUCAAAUCUGUCCUUUGCUGACAUCUGUUUAAGCACAACCACGAUCCCAAAGAUGCUGGUAAAUAUCCAAGCACAGAAUCAGAGCAUCACUUAUGCAAGCUGCCUCACCCAGAUCUGCUUUGUCCAGUUAUUCACCUGUUUGGAAAAUUUUCUUCUUGCUGUUAUGGCCUGUGAUCGCUAUGUGGCCAUUUGUCACCCCCUGCGGUACAUGAUUAUCAUGAACCCUCAUCUCUGUGUUCUGCUGGUUCUACUCUCUCUGCUCUUUAGCAUUGUGAAUGCCCUGCUUCACAGUCUGAUGGCAUUGAGGCUGUCCUUCUGCAGAGACCUGGAAAUCCCUCACUCAUUCUGUGAACUUGCUCAGGUCAUCAAGCUGGCCUGUUCUGAUACUCUUAUCAACAACAUCUUGAUAUAUUUUGCAGGUAGCUUAUUUGGGAGUGUUUCUGUCUCUGGGAUCAUUUUCUCAUAUAUUCAAAUUGUCUCCUCUGUUUUGAGAAUGCCAUCAAUGAGUAGAAAAUAUAAGGCUUUUUCCACCUGUGGGUCUCACCUCUCAGUUGUAUCCUUAUUCUAUGGGACAGCUCUUGGGGUUUACAUUAGUUCCGCAGUUACUGAGUCUUCCAGAAAAAUUGCAGUGACCUCAAUAAUGUACACUGUGGUCCCUCAAAUGGUGAACCCAUUUAUCUACAGCCUUAGAAACAGAGAUAUGAAGGACUCUUUGAGGAAAUUCAUGGGUAGGUUGCCUUUUUUCUCUGUGAUUGCAUCAUCUUUUAGGGGCUUAGUUUUCUAG